UCCAUUUUGCUUUUACGUAAUCUUACUAUUUUUACAUUUUGGGAUUUGAAAACCUCAUACUUUUGUAACUGUGAAUAAAUAAUAACGUGUUUUAUAAGAGACAAGCUUUCUUGUUGUCUAAGGCCAUCUUGUGGAUCCCAUCUGAUCUUGUUGGCCAUGGGGAGCAGAAACACAAGAUCUUCGCAAAACAACAAUCCAAAUGAUCAAGAGGAACAAGAGGCAGAAAACCAUGACGGCAGACCUGAGGACGAUGUUGACUUAGUGAGAGUUUUAUCACACUUAUUACGCGGUGGACUGCAAGUCCAGUUCAUAAGAGCUACCCAAUCCCAUGGUGGAGGGAUUCAUAUUAUUCAAGGAGUUCCCAGGGAUGAUGACGAUGAUGAUGAUGAUGAUGAUGAUGAAGAUCUGUUUUAUCAUGGCAUGAAACAACGCCACACCUCGCAACCAGUGGAUUAUGUUCUGGAUACUAAAAAUCUUGAGAAUAGUGACCUAAAGAAGCAAGUCAUGUUAUCAAGUGGUCAAAUGCUUUCCAAAACAAAAAACAUCACAGCACAACUUAAACAGAGAGAAGUAGGUGGCUUGUCACAACAAAGGUUUUCUGGUGGAGAAAAAGCUUUUGCAAGUUCAAAUUAUCUUCCAAACACCAUGGAAACCAAGGCAAGAUAUCGUCAGAAGGCAUUCUGUGGUACUUACUCUCAAGAUGGCAAAGUCUUYCUGUCMGCAUGUCAAGAUGAGUAUAUUCGACUGUAUGACACCACACAUGGGCAGUUCUACAAUUUCCGYAGUAUAAAAGCACGAGACAUUGGUUGGAGUAUAAUUGACACAGCAUACAGCCCAGAUCAAAAUUACCUGAUCUACUCCAGCUGGUCUGAUUAUAUUCACUUAUGUAACAUAUAUGGCGAUUACAACACACAUAUUGCCUUGGAUCUCAAGCCAAGAAGUAGAAGAUUUUGUGCCUUUUCAAUUGAGUUCUCUCAAGACAACAAAGAAAUUAUAGCAGGAUCCAAUGAUUCUUGUAUCUAUAUCUAUGACCGAGAGAGUGACCAAAGAAUUUUACGAAUUCUAGGUCAUGAUCAAGAUUACGACGUGAAUGCGGUAACUUUUGCUGAUUCGAGUGCUCAAAUAUUAUUCAGUGGUAGUGAUGAUGGUCUCUGCAAGGUUUGGGAUCGGAGGAUGCUCAACGAGUCUCAUCCGCUUCCUGUUGGUGUUUUUGCUGGCCAUUCAGAUGGACUCACAUUUAUUCACUCGAAGAAUGAUAGUCAUCACCUCAUCACCAAUUCAAAGGACCAAACUAUCAAACUAUGGGAUCUGAGAAAGUUUUCGUCYGAAGAAGCAGUACAAAACACACAGCGAGCUGUAGAUUCACAACAUUGGGAUUACCGGUGGCAAAACGUACCCCGGAAAAUUCUCCGUACUAAGACGUUGCCUGGAGACUCAUCAAUUAUGACGUAUCGUGGUCACGUUGUAAGAAACACUUUGAUACGGUGUUACUUCUCGCCUGCUCACACAACAGGACAGCGGUAUAUAUACACAGGGAGUUCAUCUGGUAAUGUAGUCAUUUAUGAUGUUCUUACCGGCGAAGUCAAAGCCAACUUAACUGGACAUAGAGAAUGUGUUCGCGACGUAUCUUGGCAUCCGUAUGACAACAAGAUCGUUAGCACAUCGUGGGAUGGAACCGUCGCCCUUUGGCAGUAUAAGAACCGCAACGAUUUGGAUGAUGAAUUGGAUGCGGAGCCUCCUCGAAAAGUUGCUGAAGACGCUCAAGAGUAAUGUCUUCGUUAUCGUGUGCCAAGGACCUUAAAAAACAGUGGCCAUUAUCGAGAAAAACUAGAAGUAAAUAUACUAUGAUACCAGAAAAUAUCGAGUGAACAAGCUACAGCAACAUGCAGAAAUUAUGAUCUUCUUUGCUCAUAUUUCAAGUAUAUUCAAAAUAUAUCAGAAGUUAUGGGGUAUCAUCGCCAUUAUUUUUUUUAGAAAGU